CCGGCGGCAGGGCCGGGCGCGCUGCAGGGCUGCCCGGCCGCGGGGCCGCCAUGCCCGCCAAGUCCAAGUACAACCUGGUGGACGACCGGCACGACCUGCGCAUCCCCCUGCACAACGAGGACGCCUUCCAGCACGGCAUCUGCUUCGAGGCCAAGUACAUCGGGAGCCUGGAUGUGCCACGGCCAAACAGCCGCGUGGAGAUCGUGACGGCCAUGCGGCGCAUCAGGUAUGAGUUUAAAGCCAAGAAUAUCAAGAAGAAGAAGGUGAAUCUCAUCGUGUCGGUGGACGGCGUGAAGGUCAUUCUGAAGAAGAAGAAGAAGCUUCUUUCAUUGCAGAAAAAAGAAUGGGCCUGGGACGAGAACAAAAUGCUCGUCAUGCAUGAUCCUAUCUACAGGAUAUUCUAUGUAUCUCAUGACUCCCAGGACCUAAAGAUCUUCAGCUACAUUGCCAGGGAUGGGUCUAGCAAUGUCUUCAGGUGCAACGUCUUCAAGUCCAAGAAGAAGAGCCAAGCCAUGCGCAUCGUGCGGACGGUGGGGCAGGCGUUCGAGGUGUGCCACAAGCUGAGCCUGCAGCACACCCAGCAGAACGCCGACGGCCAGGAGGACGCAGACAGCGACAGGAACGGAGACGACCUGGACGUCCCAGCCUGUCGCCUGUCCGGCGUGGAGAGAGCGGCCGCCUCGGCCGAGGAGACCGACAUCGACGCCGUGGAGCUGCCGCUGCCCGGAGCCGACAUCCUGGACUUCAGCCGCGGCGUCACCGACCUCGAUGCUGUGGGCAAGGAGAGCUGCCUCCACCCUGAAGAUAUCCUGACAGCAUCACCCAAGAUGCUGCUGCCCUCGUCUGCCCAGCUGCCCGACCUGGGAACGCCCCUCUCUGCCCACCACCAGAUGCAGCUUCUCCAGCAACUCCUGCAGCAGCAGCAGCAGCAGACACAAGUGGCCGUGGCACAGGUCCACCUGCUGAAGGACCAGCUGGCAGCAGAGGCAGCGGCACGGCUGGAGGCCCAGGCUCGUGUGCACCAGCUCCUGCUCCAGAACAAGGACUUGCUGCAGCACAUCUCAUUGCUGGUCAAACAGGUGCAGGAGCUGGAGCUGAAGCUGGCGGGGAACACGACCACAGGCUCCCAGGACAGUCUGCUGGAGAUCACCUUCCGCUCCAACGCCCUCCCCGUCCUGUGCGACCCGACCACCCCGCAGCCCGAGGACGCGCACCCGCCGUCGCUGGGCCCCAGCUCGGCCUUCCCCAGCAGCAUGGGCAGCCCCAUAGGUAGGAACGACUGUCUGGUGAAGCUGGAGUGCUACCGCUUCCUGCCGGACUCGGGGCCGCCUGCCCCGGAGCCAGCCCUGGGCAGCCUGGAGCUCAUCAAGUUCCGCGAGUCGGGCAUCGCCUCCGAGUACGAGUCCAACACGGACGAGAGCGAGGAGCGCGACUCCUGGUCCCAGGAGGAGCCGCCGCGCCUGCUCCACGUGCAGCCCAGGCAGGACCUGGGCGACAGCCUGGAGGACGAGAUCGCGGUGUAGGGGUCAGCAGGAGGUGGUGCAGAGCAGCCAGGGCCUGCUGGAGCUGAGGGGACCCCGGCCGCAGCGCCGUGGCCCUGGCAGGGAUGGCACAGCCCAGAGGGAGGGGGGCAGAGGAGGGAGCAGGAGGAUUCCAGCGCCCGGUCGGGAGUGUGUGGAGGUGAGGAUGGAGCCGUGCCCAGGGCGUGCCAUGCUCCGGCACGUGUGGGCUUGUGCGCUGAGCUGCAGCAUCCCUGCUUUGCAGCAGACAGCUGACAGCUCCUUGUGCUCUCCCCCGGCCCCGUCUCCCUUCAAACUGUGUGUCAAGGUCAGGCAGAGGUAAGGGACUUCUCCUGGAUCAGCCUCUGCUGCUGCUGGGGAAGCACUAAAGCAGAGGAGGGGUUUUACUGGGGGAAUGGGAGAGCAGUCUAGGGCAGUGAGCAGGGACAAGAGGCACUGAGGAGGCAGCUCCAAGGUGGUAAGCAAGGACAGAGCAGCUGGUCUGGCUCUCGGCAUGGUGGGCAGGGUGGGGGACAAGUACAGGGCCAUGCUAAAUGAGGGUUGGUGAUGAUGCAUUGUCAGAGUGGGUCUGUGAGUGAGAAGUGAGCAUUGAGGGACAGUGGGGAUGAGCCUGGAAAGGAUUUGAAGAGGUGAGAUGAGGUUGCACAGACUGGCCAGGUGCAGGUAGGUGUUGGCAGGGGGAUGUGUCACUUUCAGGACAGGGUUUAUCUAUGCCAAGGCAGGUGGAGGUUGUGCAGGCUGUGAAGCAGAGAGGAAGGCACAGCGCAGUGUGGAGCAGGGAGCCAGGGCAUGCAGCAUCAAGCUGUGGAGUGUCCUCCCCCUCAUCAUCUAAUCCUUUGGCUCCUUGGCGCAGCUGCCAGGUUUCAAAGCCUUUUUCAUGCUCUCAAGUCGCAUUUUCAAGCGCUUCCAAUCACUACAAACUGCCUGCUUUGCUUUAUAGACAAACCCUCUCAUUUCCAAGCAGUUGUUUUGCCCCAGACCAAGGCUGGGAGCUGCAGUGCUGGCACUGGCAUCUUCAGGGCUGAGCACACUUCCAGCCUCAAUGGGGAGUGAACUGCUGGUGGUGCUUCAUCACACCUCUGGUUUGCACCCUCUGGAAAAGUGAAUCCAGGAUCUCAGGGGUCCCCCACCAGCCCUCGAGACACUUAUGGCUGAAAGCCAUCUGUGGGGGCCUCCAAGGGACCCAGAGCUUGUUCCUUUUCUGCAAACACUUUUAUCACUUGCCUGGUGCUGAGCCUCUAAGAGGCCAAGAUUGGAAGGGGUAUGAACCAAAGUCCUGAUGUCCCCCCUGCUUCAUGUGGAAGCACUCGAUGAGGUGGGGAUUUGGCACAGUUGUCUUCCUCCCCAUCCUCCCUCCUAUCCUGCUUCUGCUUUGCUUUGUUGCUUCCUUGCUGCUCUCACCUUUGCCAGCUCUGUCUCUGCUCAAUCUGCCUGCAGCUAACCCCUGGCUGACACCACCUCUUGCUCUCCUCCAGGGCUUAGCCUGGCUGCUGAGCAAAGUCCAUCACUUCUCUCUGCCCUGGUCCCCUUGGGACUGAGAGCUGCUGAGGGGUGUGUGUGUGAGCCCCUGGGGUCAGCACAAGCUGUGCUGUGCACCCUCCACCACACAAAAGCACUGGGUGGACUUUAAGGUGCUAGAGGGUCUGGUGGGAAGGAGAGAAGGACAUGUUUCAGUGUCCCCAGCAGUGCCCUGGUGUCCAGGGGAGCUCUGCACCAGCCACAGAGCAGGCAGGGUGGGAGAGGGUGCUGUUUGGCACAUGGUGCUCCUGUCCCCCAGGCACCACUGCCUCCCUAUGCCCUGUGCCACGCGGCUGUGGGCACGGCUGUGUGCCAGCCCCUGUGCCAGGGACCCGACGUGCCACUGCCAGCUCGCAGCAGUUGGAGCUGAAAGCAAGGGUGAGAGGUUGCUCCAGCUAGGAGGAGGAAGGGAGCAUGGCAGCAUGCACAAGGCAUGGUGCUUACAGGGGAGGGAGGGUUGAGCUUGGACAGGGAUUUCCAUGUGGGCAGAGAGAUGGUUCAGGGGAAGGAGCAGCAGGAGCUCAGCUGUACCCACGGGGCAGGUGAAGGGGGAGCCCAAGAGGAGCAAUAACAGGCCAGAGGUCUCCUCCAGGCUGGGUUGCCUCAGGAGGCAGGCGGGAGGAGCCAUCUCCUGAGCCCCUGCCGCAGUCCAUCCCUGCUGCACACACAGAGCUCAGGCCGUGUCCUGUGAGGGGCUGUCAGGACCAGAUGUGGCCCCAGGCUGCUGCCCCACGCUCUGCCCACAGGGGACAGGGGCAGGUGCCCCACAGGCUGAGGGGGUGCUGCCGGGGCCGGGUGGGAUCCUGCCAGCCUCGUGCUGCACCAUGGCUGUACACAUGUAAAUGACCCCUCCUAAGUCAGUGCUGCCUCCAAGACUCCUCUCUAGCCUCUCACUUUUGUUAUGGACCUUGACAGGGGUUUUAUAGCUAUAUUUUUUGUCCUUUCUUUUCCUACAACUGUCAUAUUACUAACUGUUGAAUCUAUCUGGGAAGCCAAUCUGUCAAUGUAAGUGCACUUAACCCUUGGGUGUUGUCAUCAGUCAACUGGCUUUUGCUAAAUAAAUCUUUCUAUUUCUCAAGGCUUUCUGUUGUCUCUUUCUUCUCACUGACUCUCUCUUUCUGUACUUCCUUCCCUCUCCAUGCUGGGUGCCAGCACCAGCAGUGCAUUCUCUGGCCUUGCAGAGACCCCCUCCAACCUAAGUUUCCUCUCCUGUGGGACCCCUGCUUGUGGUGCUAGCCACAGGAUGCCCACGAGAGCAAGAUGCCCAGAAUGUUGCUGGGAGUAGAGGUGUUUCAGUCUUGCCCUUCAGCCACUGCACAGCACAGGGCUUGUCUCAGGGCUUGUCUCAGGGCUUGUCUCAGCUGAUCCAACAGCUGGAGGGUGCCAGGGACUUCCUGGCAUCUGCAGAGCUCCCCGCAGAGAUGCAGAGAUGCUGAUCGGCACUUCCAGGGGCUCGGGAAAUUCUUGGCAGCUGGAGAAGGAAAAAUAGGGAAGAGCCUCUCUUAAAGGAUGGCAGAAGUGUUGUGUAGGCAAAAGCAGGAGCUGACUGCUCCUGACCAAUUCAUUGUGCUGCUGGCAGGAGUGAUGGAGCAGUGCCCUCGCGUGGCUGCUGGGGCUGCACGGACACCGCAGGGGCUGCAGCCUCCUGUGCCUUGAGCUCCUGCUCCCCCAGCACCUCGGGCCUGCAGCAGAACCCCUGGAAGGUGUAGCCCUCCUGGGAGCUGUGCUGGGUCUGAGUCUUGAGCAGCCAUGGUGUGGGGAAGAUGGGGCAGCACAGCAUGCACUGGUGGCCACGCUGGAGCAAGCUGGCACUUAGAAGCAGUGAGUUUGUCCUGGACCAUGAUGCUGGCUCUGCUGCUGGCCAGCCUGUCCCUCUCCGGGGCUGGAAGUCAUCUGAGGAGCCAGAAGAGAGCUCUUCAAGAAGCUGUCAGGCUGCUCACACUCCCGAGAGCUGGUGUCCAGGCUGGAGGAGAAGCUGCCCACGCACUGCUGGGUGGCUCUCUUGGUGCAGAUGGAGAGCUGUAGGAUGAACCCCAGGGCUGGCAGAUGCUGCAGGAGCAGGCAGGCAGCUCUCUGUUCAGCAGGACUGUGGGGCCACAGAAUGCAGAGGAAAGGGCCUGCAGUGAGUCGGGGGUCCCUGUAAGAGUCCAGCCCACCACGAGGCUGGAGCAGUGCUGGGAACCCUUCCUCUCUGGCUGUGCCAUGGGGUGGGGAGGUGGUUGUCUCUGUCUCAGUAUGGGCCCCCGGAUGCAGAGGUAGAGCUGGGCAGAGGAUGCUGAUGGGAGCGAGGCCCCAGAACAGCACCAGGCUCACCCAGGAACUACCUGGGGCCGUCACACAGACCCACUCUGACAUGGAGGCAGCCAUGGGGGCUUGAGCUGGCACUCCUGGGGGCAGCCCCCACAGCUUCAGGGACUCUUGCUGGGAAGACAUGGGGGAGGAAUCCAGUGUAGCUCAGAGGUGGGGUUUGAUUGCAGAGCCCUUUCCUCUGCAAGCACCCGCUGCCCCCCACCACAGAGACCCAGCCUGGGCUGAGCUGAGGGAGCCAUGGUGGGGUGGGCAGUGCAGAGCCCUCGCCAUGGGUGUCCCAAGAGAAGGUGCUGUGACUUCACCAGGGUGUGGCUGGCAAGGGACUCACCCCCGUGUGAGUCCCAUCUCUUCAGGUAGCAUGACAUACCUGAGCAGGGGGCUGGCAGCAUGCCUCAGCUGGCAGUGUGCAAGGGACAGGCCUCGUCCCUUGCCAUUCCCCUGGUAAAUGCUUUCUCGCUCUCUCUUUUUCCACAACCUGCUUCCCAAGUCGCUUGGUGUCAGGUAAGAGAAGCUCUCUGUGUGUUGGCAGUGCCAGCGUGGGGCCCUGGGCUCACUCCUACCCUCUCUUGCCCCACACUGGUCCCCUGUGCAUGCACUGCCCUGUGCAGCCCUGGCAUUGCCUGGCUGCCCACAGCCUCUGCAGGGCUGUAGGCACAUCCUCCCCGUCCCCAAAGCUGUGUUCCCGCAGUGCUGCUGGGCCGGCCCUGCUGGGAUCCCCCUGCAGCCUGACUCACAUCCUCUCUGUUCCC